ACAGGAAUAGCAGGAAGCAUAUGUCCUGCACGAAUCUUAAAGCAUAUUGGAUUGCUACUUAAUAGUUUUUAAGGCUACCAGAUUCUGUACAUACCCAUGUUUCUUACAAUGGAAAGCCUCUUCAGAACAUCAGUGGCCAAAUGAAUAGCCAAAACAACAUGCAAAAUCAAGGUUAAUAAGGAACUGAAAGUGUACUAGAAAUGCAGAAUUCAAGCAACACUUCAGAAAACAACUGCACUUACAGCAAAAUAAUAAAAAAGCAAGCCAUCCCAUUGGCAUAUGGGAUCAUCUGUAUAGGAGGAAUCCUGUUAAAUGGGGUUGCAGCCUGGGUUUUCCUGCACAUUCCUAACAAGACAAGCUUUAUUGUCUAUCUCAAGAACAUAGUCGUAGCUGACCUCAUCAUGAGCUUAACUUUCCCGUUUAAAAUUUUUGCCGAUUCAGAAAUUGGACCUUGGGAGCUCAAUGUUGUUGUCUGCCGUUUCUCUGCUGUUAUUUUUUACCUAAAUAUGUAUAUUAGCAUAACAUUGUUUGGACUCAUAGGCUUUGACAGAUGCUACAAAGUGGUGAAGCCUCAGUUCAUUGCCUCUGCUCACAGUGUUCGUUAUAGCAAAAUCAUCUGCAUAGUCGUGUGGGCACUAAAUAUGCUUAUAUCACUUCCCAAUAGUAUUUUAACAAAUAAAAUUCCUACCAAAGAAAGUUCAAAGAAAUGUAUGGACCUCAAAAACAAACUUGGAACCCAGUGGCACACAGCUUCGAACUAUGUGUGCCUAGGAAUUUUUUGGAUUGUGUUUCUUCUCCUAAUAGUCUUUUACAGCUCUAUAGCAAAGAAGAUAUAUAGUUCCCAUCGGAAGUUCAAGAAAAACUCCAAGAGAAAUACCAAUCGAAAUAUUUUCACCAUCAUGUUUGUAUUUAUAAUUUGUUUUGUUCCAUACCACAUCAGCAGAAUUCCAUAUACAAUAAGUCAAACUUCACCACAUGACAACUGCAAGAAACAAAACAUUCUAUUUUACGUAAAGGAAAUUACUCUACUGUUGUCGGCUGCAAAUGUUUGCCUUGAUCCUAUUAUUUAUUUCUUCCUUUGCCAACCUUUCAAGGAACGGUUGUACCAAAAAUUGCACCUCAAAAUGAAGACAUCUGAGGAAUUUGAAAACUCUAGAUCGAGGAAGUCAAAUGCAAUCUGUGAAAUGGUUAUUUCAUAAAUUCUUAAAGGAAGCUAUUCACAAUAUGCUGAGGAGGCUGGGAGAUGGUUAGAUCAAGGAACCACCUUAAGACAACCCAGAUAAAUAUUUUUGUACAUUGAGGCAAAAAAAAAAUCAAGGGCAGCUACCUACCUCUGACUCCACUGGGCCCUGCCUCUGCUGCC